GUCUGCUUCAAAGCGUCCGAAUUGACUGCAGGUCUACAGUCGCUGACCUCGACAUAGACCAAGAUGGGUCACCUUAUUACUAUUGCAACGUGUUCCCUGAACCAGUGGGCGAUGGACUUCCAAGGGAAUUACGAGCGUAUUAUGGCUUCCAUAGUCAUCGCCAAAGAGCGCGGUGCAACCCUGCGCGUCGGUCCUGAGCUCGAGAUUCCAGGCUACGGGUGCUAUGACCAUUUCCUUGAAGGUGACACCGUCCUGCAUUCGUGGGAGGUGCUGGCAAAGAUACUGGAAUCCGAAGAAGCCACUGGGAUUGUGUGUGACAUCGGGAUGCCUGUAGUGCAUAAGAAUGUGAUAUAUAACUGCCGGGUGGUCAUCCACGACCACAAGAUCCUUCUGAUCCGCCCCAAGAUGUGGCUGGCGAACGAUGGGAACUACCGGGAGCUGCGGUACUUUACGCCGUGGGCGAAGCAUCGGCAGUGGGAGGAGCAUUAUUUGCCCAGGAUGAUACAGAAGAUUACAGAUCAGGUCAAAGUCCCAUUUGGUGAUGCUGUCGUGAGCACUCUGGAUACGUGCAUCGGUGUAGAGUUGUGCGAAGAACUGUUCACGCCAGCUAGCCCUCACAUCCUCAUGGGCAUGGACGGCGUCGAGAUCUUCACAAACUCCAGCGGCAGCCAUCACGAGCUGCGCAAACUCUACACCCGCGUCGAGCUCAUCAAAGAAGCCACGCUGAAGCUCGGCGGGAUCUAUCUGUACGCAAACCAGCAGGGCUGCGACGGCGACCGGCUGUACUACGACGGGUGUGCGAUGAUUGCGGUCAAUGGGCAGCUCGUCGCCCAGGGCUCACAGUUCUCCCUGCAAGAGGUCGAGGUCGUGUCGGCGACGGUGGACCUUGAGGAGGUUAGGGCGCACCGUGCGAAGAGCAGCCGCAGCAUGCAGGCCGCGCAGGCGGAGAGGUAUCAUCGUGUUGAGGUGCCGUUUGCGCUGAGCAAUAGGCAUUGGAGCGAGGUGCACGAUCCGACGCUGAGAAGGUUUUUGGAGCCGCGGUAUCACCGACCUGAGGAGGAGAUUGCGUUGGGUCCGGCUUGCUGGUUGUGGGACUACCUUCGACGCUCUCGUGCCGUAGGCUAUUUCAUCCCGCUCAGCGGUGGUAUCGAUAGCUGCGCCACGGCCGUCAUCACAUACUCGAUGUGCCGUCUCGUCGCUGAAGCCUGUCGCAACGGAGACAAACAGGUCAUUGCAGACGCCCGGCGCAUCGCUGGAGAGAAAGAGGACUCGGAGUACCUACCCACGGAUCCGAAGGAGUUCUGUAAGAGAAUAUUCCAUACGUGCUAUAUGGGCACGGAGAAUUCCAGCAUAGACACGAGGCAGAGAGCAAAGGAGCUCUCUGAGGCUAUUGGGAGUUAUCAUGUUGAUCUGAACAUGGACACGAUAGUGACCUCCGUCCGGGACCUGUUUGGAUUCGUCACAGGCGUGAAACCGAGGUUCCGCGUCCAGGGCGGCUCGGAGGCCGAGAAUCUGGCUUUGCAGAACAUUCAGGCUAGGCUGCGCAUGGUGCUUGCGUACCUGUUUGCGCAGCUGUUGCCCUGGGUGAGAGGCAAGUAUGGCGGGUUGCUCGUGCUUGGGAGUGCGAAUGUGGAUGAAAGUCUUCGAGGAUACCUCACGAAAUAUGACUGCUCGUCGGCUGAUGUGAACCCUAUCGGCGGGAUCAGUAAGACGGACCUGAAGAAGUUUAUCGCGUACGCUCAGGAGAUGUUCGACUUGCCUAUACUAAAGAAUUUUCUGGACGCCACACCGACGGCGGAGCUGGAGCCCAUUACUGAGAAUUACGUGCAGUCAGAUGAAGCUGAUAUGGGUAUGACCUAUGACGAACUCUCGAUCUUCGGGCGGCUGCGCAAGGUGGAGAAAUGCGGGCCCUACAGCAUGUUCCAAAAGCUCGUACACGACUGGGGUUCAUUCCUCUCUCCAACGCAGAUCGCGGAGAAGGUGAAGCUGUUCUUCUUUGAGUAUGCCAGGAAUAGGCACAAGAUGACUACAAUCACGCCUGCGUACCACGCCGAGCAAUAUAGUCCGGACGAUAACCGUUUCGACUUGCGACCAUUCUUGUAUCCGUCGCGGUUCCCGUGGCAGUUUAGGAAGAUCGAUGAGGUGGCGGCUACGUUACCGAACCUUUCCAACGGGGAGGGUAAGGCUAAGAAAGACUAAGUAUGAAGUACAAGACCGCCGCAAAGCGCAUGUUGUCUUUUAGAGGAAUGGGAAGUUCGGUAUGCGUGCGGGUAAAUCCUCGCGGUAGCGAUGGGGUUGUACACUAUAUACAUCCGUGGCACUGGCAGUUGAGCCAUGUCCUCUCGGACUUGGGAAGUAUUCGGCGCUGCGGCGCACGCCAGGUCCGAUUCCUC